UGCGCCAACGCCAUGCGUCUAUCCCUUUCUGGUGGGGAAUGGAGACAGGGGCGUGUCCCCCAGAUUUCAGCUGGAGCUCUCAUGUCCUAGUCCUAGCCUACUCCUCUCCGCCUUUCCAGGCUAGCGAACGGUGCCCCUCCCCACAGCUUCUCCCAGAGCGAUUCGCUCUCCACCUUCCCGGGAGGUGACGCUCAUUGUAUCUCCUGGAAGGAGGGAGUGGAGGAGACGGGGAGCGGGGAGCGAGGUUUGGCUCGGCUUCUCCAGGUUCCGACGAGCAGUGGGAGAUCCUCGGGUCCCCAGGGCGCUGUAGAGAGCGCCCAGAGAGGGAGCAUGGGAGCCUGACAGCGCAGGGUGGCAGGGAAGCAGCGCUGGCGCUGGUGGGCUCCCUCGCCGAGGGGAGUCCUCGGGGAAUCCUGCCCCCCUGUGCUCCAGCAGCCUGCUCUCCGGCUGCCAAGUGGGGCGCGGAGUCUUAGGGGCCGCCUCCUCCCUGCGCCCUGGGGCGCCCCGCCUCCCUCGGCCUUAUAGAGAGACGGGGGCCGGACUCCGGCUUCUCCGCCGGAGCUGGAGACCGGCGCGCAGGGCGGGCGCGGACGGCACGGCGCCCUUGAGAGAGUGGCCGGUGUGGGGACCCCGCAGCGCGCCCCGGCGGCGGCGGCUUCAGCAAGCUAGCUCGGGGGAGCCGGGGCAGCGGCGGCGCCGGGCACCAUGGCGGGCAGGGGGGCCCUAGAAGCGGCCACCGCUGGCCUUUUGCCGCUGCGCGUCCCCGGACGGCUGGCCCUGCCCCUGCCGCGGCUGCUGCGGGCCACGAAGGCGACAUGAAGGAGCCGGCGGGCGGCACGGGCGCCCCCGGGGCUCCCCCCUUCUGCAGACGCCUGAACCACUCGUACCCGGGCACGUGGGGGGCCGAGCCGGUCGCGCCGCCGGGGGCCAACGGCACGGGCUCAUUGGGCGCCGACGCGUGCGGCUCCGUGUCGGUGGCCUACUCCCUCACCAUGAUGAUCACGGGCAUCGUGGGCAACGCGCUCGCCAUGCUGCUCGUGUCCCGCAGCUACCGUCGCAGGGAGAGCAAGCGCAAGAAGUCCUUCCUGCUGUGCAUCGGCGGCCUGGCGCUCACCGACCUGGUGGGCCAGCUGCUCACCAGCCCCGUGGUGGUCGCAGUCUACCUGUCCCAGCGGCCCUGGCAGGAGCUCGACCCGAAGGGCCACCUGUGCUCCUACUUCGGCCUCAGCAUGACCAUGUUCGGCCUCUGCCCCCUCUUCAUCGCCAGCGCCAUGGCCGUGGAGCGGACGCUGGCCAUCCGCGCGCCGCACUGGUACGCCAGCCACAUGAAGACGCGGGCCACCCGCGCCGUGCUGCUGGCCGUCUGGCUGCUGGGCUUCGCCUUCGCCCUGCUGCCCGUGGCCGGCGUGGGCCACUACACCCUCCAGUGGCCCGGGACCUGGUGCUUCAUCAGCACGGGAGAGCGCGGCGUCAACGGGACCCGCUCGGCGCACAGCCGCGGCAACCUCUUCUUCGCCUCCACCUUUGCCUUCUUGGGGCUCACGGCGCUGGCUGUCACCUUCGUCUGCAACCUGGCCACCAUCAAGGCGCUGGUGUCCCGCUGCCGGGCCAAGGCCACGGCCGCCCAGGUGGGCGCGCAGUGGGGCAGGAUCACCACCGAGACGGUCAUCCAGCUCAUGGGAAUAAUGUGCGUCCUGUCCGCCUGCUGGUCCCCCUUGUUGAUCAUGAUGUUGAAAAUGAUUUUCAACAAGACCUCAGUGGAGUUCUGCAAUAUCCCGAACCUCCAAAGACCGAAGGAAUGCGACUUCUUCCUGACGGCCGUCCGCCUGGCUUCCCUGAACCAGAUCUUGGACCCUUGGGUUUAUCUGCUGCUAAGAAAAAUCCUCCUGCGAAAGUUCUGUCAGGGAGAAGACACCAGUUUGAGACAAAGCAUCCAUGGGGAAGUAGAGACAGACACAUUGAGGACAAACAUAGAUGAACAUGGACCCAGACAGAUACAGGAUGGCUACUUGGAGGAAGAAUCAGCUUCAAGGGGUUUCCUUUGUGCUAGUGAGACACGCAGGCUAUGGAUUCUACAAAGGCACCAGUCCUCAGAGCUUCCAGCUCAGCCCUCACCACCAUCAUCUUGGGAAGUCAUUCCUGAGGAAAAGGAAACUGCCCUCUCAACCAGCCACACACAGGACAAGACAGCCAGCCUAGCUGGAACAGCCAGGCCUUCCGAGGGGGACAUGGGAGGCAGGCAGACCCCUAUCACCACCUUGACCACCAUCUCCUCCAAGAUGCUGAUGGAGGCAGCCCAAGACCCUGAACCCGAGAACCUUGGCAAUGGGCAGGCUCCCAGCCCAGUGCCCUCAGCCACCAUCUUGGGAAGUGCCCCCAUGGGGAUGCAGCCUGGGGAUCACUCCUGCAGAGGCUACAGCCAGAUCUAGAAGACCCUGAAAAGAGCAUUUCAUCACCAAAGUGCUGGGCCCUGUUAAAUGUUCACCAUCAGAAACCAAUAUGAUUUUAUCAAUGAAAAUAACAUUAAAACCCCCAGCAUUCACCUCUGCUCCAACAGUCAUGGGACCUUUCUAUCUAACAUGCAGACUUCCACUUUAGAAGGUGAGCUCUUUGAGGGCAGGGACUUGACUGUGUAAUUUUUCUUUUUUGGAUUCCAGGUGCUUAGCACAGUGCUUGGCACAUAGUAAUCACUUAAUUUAAUUAAUUUAGUUAAGCAUUUGCUUUGUGCAUUUAUUCAUCCAUUCUUUCAUGUGUGUGCCCACCCUUCCUACCAAUGAAUGCUGGGAAAAUUUGAAGCACUUCUAAGGUUUGGCGGGGGGAGUGAAUGUUUUGGAACAACGGCUUUUCAGAUGUCAUGUCAAUAAAUAGCUUUGAGCCAACUGUGUCUUCCAGCUAACUUAAGCAUAAAGACCAGUUCUGGUUUUAGAGUAGCUUGAACCUGAAAUAAUCAUCCCCUAGGAGAACCAAUGAAUGCUGGAGACUUGGGGCAUAGUAACCUCAGAGUGAGGGCUAUAAUAGA